GGUCAUGUCACUGGUCUUGUUGGUAGGAGUACUUCCUGGUCAGCUGACUUUUAUGUACAAAACAAAUUGACUCAUUAAAAUUUUCUACUCACUUCAAGUUUUGGUGUGAGUGGGAAAAGAGCAUUCGAACAAAUUUUAAUAAGAAAUAUGAAGUUCCUGAUAUUUGUGGCACUUUGUGUGGUUGGCAUCAGUCAGGCAGUGUCUUUUUUCGACCUAGUCCAGGAGCAAUGGGGCGCUUUCAAGGUCACUCAUAAUAAACAAUACGAAAGCGAAACCGAAGAACGCUUCCGAAUGAAAAUCUUCAUGGAAAACGCUCACACAGUCGCCGAGCACAACAAAUUAUUCGCACAAGGUUUAGUUUCGUUUACAUUAGGUGUGAACAAAUAUUCUGACAUGCUCAAUCAUGAAUUCGUCCACACUUUGAACGGUUACAACCGCACUAAAACACCCUUGAGGAGUAGCGAAUUGGAGGAAUCUAUCACUUUCAUCCCACCGGCCAAUGUCGAAUUGCCAAAACAAGUCGAUUGGAGAAAACGUGGAGCGGURACACCUGUCAAGGAUCAAGGACAAUGUGCCUCUUGCUGGAGUUUCAGUGCGACGGGAUCCCUCGAGGGCCAGCAUUACCGCAAAACCAGAAAAUUGGUCUCUCUCAGCGAGCAAAACUUGGUCGACUGUACGGAGAAAUUCGGAAAUUACGGUUGCAACGGCGGCUUCAUGGACAACGCUUUUCGUUAUAUUAAAGCCAAUGGUGGAAUUGACACUGAACAGUCUUAUCCAUACAAAGCCGAAGAUGAGAAAUGUCACUACAAGCCUAGAAACAAGGGAGCCACCGAUCGCGGAUUUGUCGAUAUCGAAUCUGGAGAUGAAGACAAACUCAAAGCUGCUGUUGCUACAGUUGGACCAAUCUCAGUUGCUAUCGAUGCAAGUCAUCCGAGUUUCCAACAAUAUUCCGAAGGUGUGUACUACGAACCCGAAUGCAGUUCGAAACUGGAGCAACUGGACCAUGCGGUUUUGGUGGUAGGAUAUGGAACAGAUGAAGAUGGUAAUGAUUAUUGGUUGGUUAAAAAUUCGUGGGGGGAAAGUUGGGGGGAUCAAGGGUAUAUCAAGAUGGCUCGUAAUCGGAAUAAUAAUUGCGGAAUUGCCACUCUAGCUAGUUAUCCAUUAGUUUAGGUUGGCUGUGUGUUUUUAUGUAGGGUUGUAGGCUCGAAUAACUAUUACAUAUUUAUGUUCUAUUGUGAUUUUUGUAUUUUUUAAGAUGUAGUUUUUUCGUUUGUGAACAAAUAAAGUUGUACGAUUUCUAAGAA